AAGGGAAAAAAUGGGAAUGAGGAAGUGACUGCAUACCCAAAAGAAGGCAUCUAUACCAUAUAUGGCAGAUAAUCCGACUUCUUAUGCUUGGCUACUGCAACUCUUGUUAGACAUCCAUGGAACUGUGAGCGCGUGGUAGAUCUAGAUCAUGGUAAUUGCCGCUACUGGCGCGGGGUUGCAGGCUCUGCAUUGGCACGAUUUCCCGGCGUGGAGGAAGAUGUAUUGGGGUAGGUUAGAUUAGGUAGUUAUUCCUUGCAUCGUGAAUGAGAUAGCCCCGACGAGAACAAGGCGUAACCCCGCUAUAGCCAUGCAACUUCCACUAGACAAAGAGUCUUAUACUGAUGGGGAGUCUUAUACCAAGCUGAAGAUGCCCUGCAUAACUAACGAGUACCUAAUCUUAAGUCCUACAGUUACAUCUAUGUUUGGAGGCAAUUUUGUAGGAGUCGAGUUAAGUCGAAAAAAUGAGCUUUAUGGUAGACUAUACGAUGCGCUUCAAUCCGGACUCCCCAAUAGAAUCGAUGCACAACUAGUACGUCUUGGCGUCCUCCGUGAAAAAAAGGGGGAUUCAAUUCUCAAGUACCUGUCAUACAGGUAUCUACCUAAUCCGCUCAACACAUCUCAUUAUACCUCCGUCCAAGAGUUGAAUCUGCAGAAACCAUCACGACUCGGGGUUCCAUUAAUACACGUGGGGGAAUGCCUUCACAGAGUCAAGGUCCUUUAAGCAGUCGGUCUUCCCUCAAAGCGUGGGUUUAUCGGCCAAUUUCGAUGCUGACUUCGAUGCUGACCUCACAUAUCGGGUCGGUUGAG